UAUUACCUCAUAAGACUUACUAAUAAAUAAAAACAUGAAAAGUUUGUGGUGUUGUGCUAGCUAGUGUAGAGCUAUAUGAACUUAGCUUGUAAUAACUGUAGUUUUCAAAUAUCAAGUUUUUAUUAUUGAAUCUGUGGUGGAACUCAUCGUAGUUCAUAGUCUAUAGAAAAUAUAGAUAUAGACUACUAUACAAUUUAUGUCCAGCGUUGACAACUUAGACCAAUUACCUUAGGAUCUGCCUCACUAGACGUUACCCCGCUGUGAAAAAUAUUUUUAACAUUAUUAUUUAUAUAUUUAUACGCUGUUCAAAUGUGACCUUCAGGUCACGUUGCCAACGUUUUCGUGUAUGUACCUUCACUUUUUUCCUUCAAAUUUACUAACAAAUUGGUUUGUCGUUUUUGCUGGUGACGAGGUAAAGUCGUACAGCGAAAAUAUUCAAAACCAAUAAAUACAUCCUGUGUCCACUACACACAAAUAUAAAUUUUAAAUCACUACACACACAUGUAAUUUUAACACAGUUAAACAUCGAUUCUAUAGAUGCAGUUUGCACGAACACGUUUGAUCAUGAUAAUAUGUUUUUGACAGAGGGGAGGGGUAUAACGAGCUAGCGGGGCAGGUUUUAAAGAAGGUAAUUGGUCUGAGUAUGCACACAUCCUGUCUCUUUCCUCUGCCUUCAUUUGUAGUCUGUAGCGUCUGCUUCGUUUACUUGACGUUUUUGUGCUUGUGAAUUUGUCCUUAGAAUUGGUGAUUUGUCGUCUGUGUUUGUAAUAUAAGCUAAGGUCUGUGGUGGUGUUCGCGAUUUCGUUUCAUUUUAUUGAUUUCGAAAUAUUUCUUCUAUAAUUUCGAAUGAAAUUGUCUAAAAUCGAAAACAGUGUCGAAAUUGAAUAAAAGAAGCCCAAAGCUUUCUUGUUGAAUCUUUAUAUCUAGAGCCGUCAAAAUAUGAACCUUGCAACAGGAUCCCUGUACAAACCUUGACCCUCACAAAUAUUAGUAAUUUUGUAACGCUGAACUAUUAGUAAAUAUUAGGCUCGACUUGAAUUUGUUGUACGAAAACAUUCGGUCAAACUAAAUGAUACGAGAAUUCUAUGAUAGUACGGAUGAAGAUGAAAUGGAAAGUCAAUAUCAGAUAGAUCCAGAGUGUAUGGUUCUUACAAGAUUAGGUCGCGAUAUGCAUAAUCGAUGUUGCGGUGGCAAAGCGUGGUGUAUAAAGGACAUAUGUGGGAUAAUAUGUGCGCUACUAACAUGGCUGCUCAUACUGUACGCAGAAUUCGUUGUGAUGAUGGUCAUGCUCCUCCCCGGCGUAUCUACAUAUCCAAUUUACAGCUAUAUAAAUAUAUUGAUCUUCCAGAGCUUAGCUAUCCUCGCUUUUGCGUCGCACCUUCGCACCAUGUUUACAGAUCCCGGUGCAGUCCCAAAGGGCAAUGCAACAAAGGAAAUGAUAAAACAGAUGAGCUUCCGAGAGGGUCAAGUUAUAUUCAAAUGCACAAAAUGCUGCAGUAUCAAACCUGAACGAGCUCACCAUUGCUCAGUUUGCCAGCGUUGUAUAAGGAAGAUGGACCAUCACUGUCCCUGGGUUAAUAACUGUGUUGGCGAGAAGAAUCAGAAGUAUUUUGUACUGUUUACGUUAUACAUAGCAGCCAUAUCGAUCCACUCGCUAAUACUGUCAGUGUACCAGUUUGUGACGUGCAUUAGACACGAGUGGCGCGACUGUAGCACGUACUCCCCGCCUACGACAGUCGUUCUGUUACUGUUCCUCAUCAUUGAAGCGCUGCUCUUCGCUAUAUUCACCCUCGUGAUGUUCGGCACACAAUUGCACGCUAUAUGGAACGAUGAAACUGGCAUUGAACAAUUGAAGAAGGAGCAGGCUAGAUGGGUCCGCAAGUCUCGAUGGAAGAGCAUACAGGCAGUGUUCGGCAGGUUUUCGAUCUUUUGGUUUUCACCAUUUACCCAGCCUACAUCCAAAAAUAAAUUAGACUGUUGUCUCUACAGCGUGUAAUUUGUCAUAUCCCAAUAAGGAUUUACACAAAACUAAAAUGGCCUUCAAAUUAAAUGGACAAGGUUUUGACAUUGCAACCAAUUGCUAACUUGUAUUGUAUGCUACUUAAAGAACAUGCACGCUACCUAAUGUAAAAUGUUCGUAGAGAUCUUGAAUCUGACUUCCCGCCAUUGACCUCUUAUAAUAAAAGGACGCACAAUCAUUUCACUUAAAAACUGGCCUUUGCUUUUGAAUUAUUGGUAAAGAAAAUUAUACCUAAAAGCCUUUGAAUAUAGUCCAAUAUUCAAUAAAAUCAGAACAAAUUCAACCUUAAGGAUUGAGUUUAAGGUUGAAUUUGCAAAUGUAACUACUUUAAUUGAGUGCCAAGAAGUUGUGUUUGGCACUCAUUGAGUAAGGACACUUUUUGGUCGCUGAUUGUGCAUCCACUUUUUAAUAGGGGAUCGAUGCUUCCACCAUAUAAAAUUGGUGUAUAGAAUACUUACCAGUUAGUCUAUAUUGUUAGCGGCAACAAACAAUAGUCUAUGGACACAAAAAAGAGCACACAAACUAUUAGAGAUUCGACAUUAUAGUAUUUUUUUUAAAUAAGAAAACAUUCAUUUCUUCUCACGCGUUUUAGAAAUUGUGCAGAAAGGAAGUCGGUUUCACAUCUCUACUAACUUAAAAAAUAAUUCCUAAAGAUGCGCGCUGGAUCUGAAAUAUCUCUCUCUUUCGUUGCGAUGGGACGAAAGUGAUAGCGAUAUUUCGGGUUCGACCGUCAUUGGUCUACAAUAUGUCAUUUUAUUUUAAUGAGCUAUGUCGUGGCGCGCAUCUCAGGCCUAUAGGCGUACAGUUUUUUAUCACAUAAGUGGCAUAGAAACAUAGAACAAAGAAAAAUUUGCUUUUAUGUAUGAAUAUUUAAUGCCAUCAAAUGCUUCGUGAGAAGCACUUCUAGACAACAUAUUCUUACACGGUUUUUUGAGAAACCCACGCGUUUCUAGAUUUUCUAUGGCAAGACCAAAUGACGUCACAAAUCUUCACCGGAGAUUUGAUUUUGUAUAGCACGUCGUAAACAAAUUAUUACUAAUAAUUAAGUACAUUUGGUACAUGUAGUUUUAGUAUUGAUGUUAUAGGCAGUUGCGGUAUUACCGACGGAAAUAUAAGUUCGCAGUUUAUCUGCAUUUAUUACUAACGGAAUACGCAAUUUUUGUGAUCGCCUAUAAUUAAGUUACCUAACAUAUUAUUCUAAGCAAUAAUACAUAUUUGUAUAUAUAGAUGUGACAUUUGUUAUAUAUUCGUGUUGUUUUUUAUGUGUAUUGUGUAUGUAUGUUUUCUAUUUAAUUUAUGCUUGCGCCUUUGCCUGCGUGACUAUGAACUAAUGUUGGUUCAAACUGCUUGAUGAUGAAAAUAAAAUAAAAUUUGGCGAUAAAUGAUUUUUAACGUUAACUUUCACUUUCAAAAACACGAUAAAUAUUUUCAUUCGAAUACUAAUUGCUUUGUAAGUAGAAGCUUUGGUUAUCUCAGCGUGAUUUAUUUUAGGAAUAUUAUAUUUAUAAACAUAUUAGUAUAUAAAAAUGUAACAAACAUAUGAAGUCCAAACUACCAAUACUCGAAAAUUAUACAAAAAUGAUUUGAAAAAAUUGUAUUUUUGUGUGAUUUUCGCAUUUUGGUAGUUUGGACUUCAUAUGUUUACAUUUAAUGUGCGUUAAACAGAAAAAAUGUGCAGGUCAUUAUUUUAUGUCUUUUUUUACAUGCGGCAAAGGCGGGUAGCUAUUCAUUAGUUUUUGUGAACAUUAAAUAUAAAAAUGUGGUAAGCUCUCUCCUGUUUAGAUUUUUUUUAUAUUAAUAUGUUUAUAAAUAUUGGAAUGGUACAUAAAUAUAUGCAAUUCAAUAAGAGAAGGCGCAGAUGGAAACAGUUUUAGGUUUGUUAUUACAUAUCAAAAAAAAAGCAACGCUAUAUUAUUUAAUAACAAAAAAAUGUUAAGAUUCGAUGAAUUGUCAAACAAAAUUAAUAAUUAAGUCUUCAGUUUUUGUACUCACGAAUUAAAGUUAACUAAAUAUGCUUAUUUGAACUUAUACUGUUGAUCGGAGUAUCAAUGUAUUUGAAUAGCUAAGAUGUUUGUUGGCAAACGUGCAGUACUUAAGCAUAAGUAACUUUUUGUAAGCAUUAGUAGAGUAUAUGUAAAUUAUUUUAACCGGUCGUCCACACAUUCAUAAUUCGAAAAAUUAAGAAAUUAAGUGCACAGAAAUGUGCUUCUUUAUAAAAGCCUUAAUAGCUCGACGAUUGAGGGACCUGGCUCAAAUUCAAGCAGUCUAAGGUUUGACCUUAAACCUUUAGCUUAAAUGCAGGGGAAAAGGGAAUCUUGGCCAUGUUUAAAUGCAGGGGAAAGGGGAAUCUUGGUCAUGUUUAAAUGAAAUAUAUGAACACUAAAUAGACUUUGUGCAAUGAAUGUGUACGCACUUGGUUAAAAUAGUUUCACCAAUAAUAUCGUGCAGCAAUAUUUAAAUAAUUAAUGUAUUAGUUCGAGCUAGUGAUGAUAAUAAGUAUUAAAUGCCUUAAUUUCAUUAACUAACUGCUAGUAAAUGGACCCAGUUAUGAAUAUGUGAAUAUUUGUAUGUCACAUUCGCUAUAGGAUGUCUACCUCUCCUAGCGUGCCUUUAUUCUUCGAUAGCCUUUUAUUUAAGCGAGAAAAAGCAAUAUUUUUUUAAUUUUUAUUGUUUACAAGUUAGCCCUUGACUGCAAUCUCACCUGAUGAUAAGUGAUGAUGCAAUCUAAGCGAGCUAACUUGUUAGGCGUAGGAUCCACACACAUUUCGGUUUCCCCACGACAUCGUACCGGAACGCUAAAUCGCUUGGCGGUACGUCUUUACCGGUAGGGUGGUAACUAGCCACGGCGGAGCCUUCCACCAGACCUGGACCAAUUAAGAAAAUCUCAAUCGGCCCAGCCGAGGAUCGAACCCAGGACCUCCGUCUUGUAAAUCCACCGCGCAUACCACUGCGCCACGGAGGCCGUUUAAUCAUCUUGCUCAUUUUCGCGUUGUGUAACACAGAUCAGCGAGCUACAGUUGUGUUUAAUUUAUAUUCACAGAAAACAACGUAGGGUUAAGUAUUACUAUGAAAUUGCUAAAUUCUAAAUAACAUAUCGCAUACCAAUGCUAAUAACUUGUGAAAGGCUAGUACAAUUUUUUGUAAUUUACAAAAAGUGUCUCUAUUUUCUGCUUUAGAUUAUAAUAGAUGUAUCAGCUGUUUAUACUUUGAUAAUAUGAAUUAGUGUAUUUUAGUUAUAAACUAGUGUAAGUUAUCUUAUGAGAUCUCUUAUGUAUUUUUGUUGUCUACCUAAAUGGAAAACAUAAAAUUUUCUAUUAGAUUUGUCUAGUUAUGCUGCGUUCUCUCGAUCGAAACAAUAAAUAAAAACAAGAUUUAAAUCCUAGUUUAUAACUAAUGUAAAUAAAUAUUUUUCUAUCGAUUUUCGGUAUAGGGGUUUUCAAUUUUCAACCGAUCUUCCGUUUUUUUUCAAUUAAUUUUCCAUUAGUAUUGCUAUAACUAGCGGAUAUGAUAUUUAUAACUAGCGGACGCCCGCGAUUUCGUCCGCGAGAUAAUCAAUGUACACUUUUAACCCCUUCGACCCCUUAUAUUUGUAUUUUGGCAUGUUUUAUAAAUAGUACACUAACCGUUUUACAAAGAUAUAACUCAAAACAUGAACGAUUUAAAUAACAAAAUAAUCUUCAACCCCUAUUUCACCUUCUGAUUUAAUUUUUGCGACAAAAAGUACCUUCUUCGUAUUAUGAUCUCAAAUCGUGACAAGUUUCAUUUGAAUUCAUUCAGUAGUUUCAGCGUGAUGCCCGGUCAACGUAAAAUACGGACAGAUAGUCAAAAAAUCGAAAAAAUCGGCUUCAGUAUCAAUUGUAUAAAGCCCCUCAACAAAAAUUUUCAAAAUAUCUUCAAUGUAGAAUAUUUGACCCAUUACAGUUUUAUUAUAAGUAUUUUAAUUGAUUAAUGAUUUAUAUAAAACAAUCGUUGAUUUUCUAUUAACGUUGUUUUUGUAAUUUAAUCGAAUAUACUAAAUUCAAUUUGACAUGCACGUAUAUUGUAUGAUUUGUGCGCACGCAUAUAUGUGUGUUAAUUUCAAUAAAUGACAAUCCGACUCUCCGCUCUAUUCUAAAACAGAUUUACUAAAUUUAUUAUAAUUCGCCUUCGUCCAAAAGUUUUAUAAUGAAUUUCUUUAUACUCAAAACCGUCUUGAUUAACCUUAAUCAACGUCGUAAGUAAAUUAAUACAAUACAACGCGCGGCCUUUCUCAAUAAGAUCAAAAUAUACAAUAAGUAUUUCAGCUGUAAUUAAUUAAUGUAAUUAUUAUGCCAUGUGUUAAUUAUUAAAUGGAAUGCAUAAACAUAAACAUCGAUUGGAAUAGGAUAUAUAUGUGUGUAUGUAAAAUACUUUAACCUGGCGCUUACACUAAAUCGUACGCUUAAUUAGUGAUUUUAAAUAAGCGUACUUAAGUGUACCUAAAGUAUGAAUAUGUACGUACCAGCGGUGCUAUUCUGUAACUAUAUUUUGUAUAACUUGCAAGUGCGAGUUUCGGAAUCACCUCUAUCUUUUUCAGUCUAUAGUAUCGUGUUAGACAGUGAGAGAUAGAGGUGAAUUCAAAACUCGCACUUGCGAGUUAUAAAAACAUAGUUACAGAAUAGCGCUACAGGUUAAAACAGUUGAAGCUCCAUAUUCCUUACCCUACCAGAGAGGUUUACCCUACUCGCGGGCUUAUUAGUUCGAUUGAAUUCCUGUAUUCGCGGAAUCAGUAUAAUAAUUUUUAGAAUACUACCCCUAAAAUAAAAGGUAAAAGGGACGGAUAGUAAAAGAAUGCAUGUGAACGAAAUGCAUAUGUUAAGAUGGACGUGUGGUGUGACAAGAAUAGAUAAAAUAAGAAAUGAGUAUAUAAGAGGAAGUCUGAAGGUGGCGCUAGUGACAGAAAAAUUGAGGAGUAGAAGCUUAGCUUGGUAUGGAUAUGUAAUGCGUAGGGAGUAAAGUCAUAUUACUAGAAAAAUGUUGAAUGUGCAAGUGGAAGGAUAUAAGAGGAGAGGAAGGCCAAAGAAGAGAUGGCUGGAUUGUGUGAAAGUGGACAUGUGUGUAAAGGUUGUCGAGUAAUAGAGUCGAAUGGAAAAGAUUGACAUAUUUUUCCGACCCCACUUAAGUGGGAUAAGGGAAAGGAGAUGAUGACCAUGAUGAAUAACUUUUGGUAUCUGACGUUAUUAUGUACAGUUGCAAAGUCUCGAUACGACUUUUACAAAGAGAGCUCAAACAAAACAAUGAUUAACGUCUCAAUUAUAUACACACUACUAAUAUUAUAGGUAUUUUGUCUAAUAAGUCAGCGUUAAACCAAGAACGGUAAAAAAGGUUAUUUACUUUAUGAGAAUAGUUCCAGUUAGGAAAGUUUAGUUUUGCUUGAGAUGCGAGUGAGAUGUUGACUGACUGUUAGACUGUGAGACUGUUUAACUCACGAUCUCGAGGGCGCCCGGACUGAUACAUCGGUAUAUCUCCUAUAGUCGCCAUACAAAUUACCAUAAUAUUCGCAGUGUCUGUACUCGCGUAACCUCCUUGAAUUAAAACAGAAAUUAGCGUGAUUUUCGUGUACAUAAGUGUCGCCGCACACGGGCCACACGCGACAGCGACAAACGCCGCUACAAGAAGCAAUAAAAAGGCCACAAAAGUAGCUGAAGCGCGCCAGCCACUUCUGGCCGGUGGUCGACACUUGUGGUCGGUGGCUGCUACUUUUUAAUCUAUACAUGCAGUAUCAUAAUUGCACUAGUGGCGUGUGGCGGCGUUUUGUGUCAGCCAGCUGCGAUGAUUGUAGCGUGUGGCGGCCACCGGCGUCAACCGUGUGCGGCGAGUCCAUAUAAAAUGUAUGAAAACUACAGAAAAUAUACCGGUAGCGGCGUUUUGUGGUUGUGGCCGGUGGCCCGUGUGCGGGAGUCCUAAACCUUUAAAACACCAGUAGGUAUAUAUGGUAGGAUAACACCAAACUAUAUACAGAUUAAAUACAAAGUAUUUCUUAUUUUUAAUUUAGUAAAGUCCGACUUACGGAUUUAAUGUUGAAUUAGCUCCAUUUAUCGAUCAUACCCUGGUAAAAGUAAUAUUGUUUUCUUUUACCAAUAAGACAAACAUUAAUUAGGUUAAUAACCAGGCAAUUUUAACAAAAAUCUACUGUGACACAGAUGUGCGACCAUUUUUCGACCAGCCUAAUAAGAAGAGUUACCAAUAUAACAAUUUAUAAUACUUAUUUAUAAUAAAUAAAUAUUUAUUUUUAAUAAAUAUUUAUUUAUAAUAGCUCUAUUCUAAAUAUGUAAACGAAUUUCGUGUUCAUGUAUGUGUAUAAAAACUGGUCAUUUGGAUAAAAGUUUGUAAGAUAAGGUUUUGAUUUUUUAGGUUAUUUAUAUGGAAGCCUCGUGAAUAAUAAAACCAGGACGAAAAUUAAAACAGAUUUCAAACGCCAUCUUCAAGUAAUUUGUAUUUUAGGUACUAUCACUUCAUAAUUGUCAGAGAUUUUAUUUGUAUAAAAAAUUUGAUAUUUUUCAAAUAAUCACCCAGAUAUUGAUUACAGUGCCUACAGCUGUAAAGCCUGUUAUUUAUGGAGAGCACAUUGCUAAGCUUAAAAAAAACAUUCUUAAAAGGUUCUAGCAAAAGGUAACUAUCAUCUGCGACUUCGUACGGCGUGCAAUAUAAAAAAAAAAAAAAGUAGCCCAAGUUAAUAAAUCAAUAAAAAUAAUCUUUAACCUCUGACUGUUAAUUGCCUUCGACAUAAGCCUCUUCCAGAUUUUACCACUUUGUUCUCACUUUGGUCUCUGGCUUUUCCUCGUCAUCCAUUCGGCAGAUCGUCUUCCCAUCUUUUGUCUGAUCGUCCUGGCCUCAUUUUCCCAUUUCAGCCAGUGAAAUUCCCUAGUUAAAACAAACAGACAUACAGACUGGCAAACAUUGUACUUUUUUCAUAUGCUUUUAGUAAAAGCUGUUCAUUUAAAAUUAUAAACAAUCAACUUUUUUAUUUUAUUAUAAAUAGAUUCUUUUUUCUUAGAUUUUCUAACAAUGGGGCAUCUAUUACCUUAUAUAUUUAUGUUUAUAAGAUGAACAUGUAAUACAUAGAGACAAACACGCAGUUUUAUUUGUAACAUUCGUUAUAAAUAACAAUUACUUAAGGACAUUUAGUUUAUAUACAAAGUAUAUUAGAUAUAUAUACGUUUAAGAUUAAGGACAAUGGAAUUGAGUUAGCAUUACUUUCUUUUUAAUAUUAACAAAAUAAAAUAAAUAAGAAAAGUUCCUAUUGUUAUUUUGAUGUAACUCGAUACAGACAUGCGAAGUUUUCGCUGGUUUAGAACAAUUAGUAUUAUAUACGAUUGAUGCAUUUUUUAAAUAUAGAACGUUCUAUAAUAAUAUAUUUCAAACGGUCGUAAUUAGUAACCAAACGCCUGUGAAUAUUCUUCAUUAAAGUAAAGAUAGAUACUAUGUGGAGGCAUAUACCGCCACAAUGGAUUAAAAUGGGUUUUCACGGAACCCGCAAGCUCUGGACCUCUAAUAAAAUGAUUAGUGGUCUGCACAGACUUCCUUAGCAGAGUAGGUAUUAAUAGAGACCAUUUAAAGUAUAAUAUCCAUCACCUACAAUAAGAUUAUAGAGUAGAGAGUAAAGGAAACAAAUAUAUAAAUCGGUUGUUUCAAGACGUCAUUAUUGGUGAUCAAUAUGCCUUGGCACAAUAAGAUUAUCGUCUAGAGAUAUGAGUAUUCGUAUUUCAUUAUUGAUGAUCUGAGCCGCCGAUAUUAUGACAAACGUGACUUCCUUAUUAUUACAUUAAACGUAGUAAGAUAAUAUACGUUAUUGUUAACAUCCAUCGUAGUUUGUGCUAGAUUUAGCUGUAAUAAAACCCGAUAAUGCCUUAUUUUAUACAGUGUUAUCUAUAUGGAGGUACAAAUUUGUACAUUUUAUUCGUCAUCGUAGUACAUCCAAAUACUGUGACGCUGCCUUAUAUUCCAAGAAACGACAUCAACAAUAAUAAUUGUAAACAAAUUACUUUUGUGCACCAAAAAUAAUUAUUAUUAAGGCUAUAAAAAAGCUCUACAAUAACCAAUGUACAAACUGUUAUAUUAUCUGCAUAUAAGUAAUUUGUCUAUAUUGUAAAGUUCAAAUAAUACUGCCACAGUAAAUGCGUUAUUAGUUGGAGAUCCAAUACUUUGGGUCUUGUUAUUUAUGAUAGUUUGAUAAAUUGUUCUUUACUCAGCAAUAACUAGAUUUAUUGAUUAAGGUCAACCAAACACCCUAUGUAUUAGGUCUAAGUUAGACAAGAUGAUUCCGAAGAGAAGAUUCUGAGCGACAAAUGAUAUAUAUGAUUAUCUCAUACAUCAUCUACGUAUAUAUAUAUACUCGUCAUACGGGAUUCACAUGCGGUUAUUUAUGCUAUGGCAAAAAAUCAAUAGUAGCAAGAAUUUGAAUAAAAAUACUUGCGCGUAUGCACAUGCGCUAUCGAGGAAUUUUUAUGAAGCAAUAAUGUUUGUUUCGAGUAACAACCAAAUUAUUUAUUAAACUGUGUGAUAAAAUUAACCUAGCAAGAAGUAACCUCGUCCGUUUUCGAGAAUCGCCUUGUAUAACUUAACUCUUAAGGGAACCCCAAAAUAAGUUCAUGGGUUUCUUCCCUUUGUAUGAACCCUUUCAAAGUUUUAUAGCCUGACAAGAAAAAUAAAAUACCUCGCCAUAUUGGGGAUCAAAGGAACUAAUUUCUUUCAUCAUCAUAAGCACAGACGGGGGGAGCAAGAACCCCGCAACGUGCCUGGGUAUGAAUGCAAACCCUCGAGACCCGUUUACCCGUUUACACAUAAAAAUAAUUUUGGCGCUAUCCAGGUAAUUUAAUAUUUCUGGUCAGGUUAUAAUAACGGCAUGAUACAUGUUGCUAAUCAAUUGUUACUGGUAUGUAAGAAAAAAAAAUUAGUGCCCAAUAUAUUGGCUAAUAUCACGUUAGCAUUUAGAAUUACAUAUACAUUAAACAACCACAAUACCUGAGGCAUAAGAAUAUUUUAUUUAAAUAUUCAUAUUCUACUCAUAGUUGAAUAUAAAAUUUAAAUAUACAUAUAUUAUAUUAUAAAGACCUUUUUAAGAAAUACAUAUAGGUAUUUCGAUCUCUUUUGUCUCGUUUGUUGUACGUGUCACGUGAUUUUGCCGCACUCCUGCAGGACCUUGCGGUUUCUAUAGGUAAUAACAUCUCACUGUUCCAUAUGCAUUUGGCUAAACCAAAUACAUUUGGGUGAAUACAACAUGAAUUUUACAAUUUGCCCUUAGCAUUAAAGUUUAAAAAUAUAAUUUAUUUACUUAUGUUUUAUGGUUGGAUUCUAUUUUAAAGACAUUUACACGUGAUCGCACAUCACAACGCGCCUUUAUUGCCUACGUUGAGUUCGUAAAUGGUUUUGGCGACAGUACAGACAAUGGUCUUACGGGCCGUAACGUUACAUGUUACAGAGCGAGCGUUCGUGCAGUCACUACGUGGAACAAGCUAUCAUCGAGCUGCUGUUUGAUAUAGAUAAGAUUAAGAUUAAGAUUUUGGUACACUGCGUAACGCAAUGCUCGCUACGAAUACAACGUAACAUCAGGCAGUAUCCAAUGGUUUGUGAAUGUAUUAAGAACUUGAAUUGUAUGUACGAUAACGUCUGUUUAGCUGUUUAUAUGCAGGAAAGAAAAGUGCGAUCGCUUCUUAAUGGCAAGUGGUAUUUUUACGAUGUGGUAUGGUGUGUGACAUCUUUUAGGUUGUGUUGGUCCACCAAAUCAACUAAAGCAUUUAUAAGUGGAUUUUUGUAUUAAAAUGUGUUUAUACCUGCACAAUGUGCUCUAUAUAUCGGCCGAUUGUGAUGCGGCCUUUAUAGUGAAAACUAUCUUGACUGGUCGGCGUAAUUAAAUAUUACUGUCGCAACUAUUAAUAAUAGGUUAUAUUCCAGUAAUGUCGUAAAAUGUAGUUAGUUAAGUGUUGUUCUAUUAUGAAAUCGAACAUUACAAUAAAUUGUAAUAGAUCAUUACAUUAGAUUUAAGUAUUGUAUUGAAAUGAACUUUUGCGCUCGCUACCGACUAGUGACAUACACGGUAGGAAUUAUUCAAGUCUAUCUGAAGAUUGCAAUCUUGAAUUUCUCAAACUGAUAACAACAUCAGCAUCUGUACGUGUAGGGUCAUUGACUGUUUGAACAGAAUUGAGGUGGAAUUAUAUUUGUCUGACUUGUCGUGUCAUGACGCAUCAAAACAAAAUCGGUAUGAUACAUUUUGUAUGGCAACGUUUGCACUUUUAGGGCCUUGUACGAGUAUUAUUUACAUUUUAUAAUAAUGACUUGCCAGGUGCAAUAUUUCAUGACUGUAUCCAAUUUGCUGAUGAUACUACAUUGAAGAUUAAAUAUAAAAUAAUCAUGAUAUUAAAAAAACAAGCAAACAUUUCUAAAGGCUCAAGUGAUAGACUGGCUAAAUAAUAACAACUUAAAAAUUAACUGACUGCCCUGAGCUGAAAUUAACUGAAUUGACCUAAAAUUAAACAUAAUGACAUUGUUAUUGAAUCCACAAAAUUUCUAGGUGUCAAUAUUGACAGUUUCUGUAAUUGGAAAGCUCACAUCCAGGGGGUAUGUUGCAGACUAGAGAAAUUUGUUUAUGUACUGAAAUGUCUGUGUUGUUAUGUAUACCUAUGCAGAGGCACAAAGUUAUCAUUAUGUUACUGUAUGGCGGUAACUAUGUACAUCCACUUGACUGCCAGCAUAAAAAAAUUAGCUCUCAGGAAAAUUUCGAUUUAUUAAUGGUAAACAUUAUGAUAUUUAAAAAAAAGAUGGAAAUUACAGCCGAGGCGAUAUUGCUAGUCCGAGCCGUAGACGAGAGCUAGGAAGAAAGCAGAGGCAGUAAUUAUUAAAGCGCACGUAUGUCAUACGACGCUUUAUAACACGUUUGCGAGGAAAUAGGCGAAAAACACACUUCCUGAAAUUUGAUUUGCAUCUUUGCUUGUUUUCCUUAAGGUGAAACUUUGAUACGCUUGUAAGUGUCUUACGAUCGAAUUUUUGGAAAAUAGGCAUGAAGAGUACCUUUUUUUUGUUGCCUUUGCAAGUACAAUUAAUAAAUUCAUCUCUACUUGACAUUAAAAAAAAACAAUACAGCGAAAAAAAUAAGCGCGCUGAACAAUUUACUAGUAAAACAUCCAGUAUUACCAAUAAAGUAAAUUAAUAUUUUUGUGUUUUUGUUACAGAUAAAUGUCAUAAUUAAUUAAAUUAAAGAAUCAAAUAUUUAUUUAUAUAUUUUAUCUCCCUAAAUAAAUUUAUUUAUAAAAUUAAUAAUUUAUAUUUAAUAAUUUUAUUUAUGUUGACCACUUUUCUGACAUAAAAACUUUUUGCUGAUUUAAAAAAGUACGUUCGUUUUUGACGGAGCAUCUUGAUAAACCGUGCGUUUUACAUUACGAUAACGCACUAAUGCGUAAUGAUAUACAUUACGAUAUUGUAAUAGGUGAAAUAAGAGACUCUUUACGAACAAGCGUGUUAAAAAGUUAUACCUAUUACGGUGUAAAUACUUAGGUUAGUCAUAAUAUUGACACAUUAUAUUGACAUUUAUUAUAAUAUUAAUUAUAUUCUGACAUUGUUUUUAUUUUUAUUAUUUUUUAAUUGUAAAUUGAACAGGUUUAUAUUUAGCACGCCAACUAUGCCAGGAUUUAUCUAUACAUGUAGGUAUCAUAUUCUGGCAAAAUAAUGAUGAUUAUAAUUUAUUAUUAACAAUUACUUAAAAAUUAGUGGAACGUCGUGCACUUAAUAAACUCCAUUGAUGUGCGACAAUGCAACGUUAUUAUACUAUAAUUGGGUAUUUAACUGCCUUUAAAUAUAUGUACCUAUUUAUUUUAUGAGACCCGGGGAAAAUGGAAUCAAUAUUAUAACUACAUAAAAAUACAGAUAGUCGGGAUAUUUGUAAUAAAUGAGCAGGUACUUAUGGCAUUCGUCGGUUGCGCAGUGUAAUUGAACACUUUAAACUUGGUCACAAGAAUACUUUUGAUUUUUAGGCAACUUAAAAGAUAUUAGAUGUAAGUUAUAUUGGUCUGAACAACAAAUUAUCUAGACAUUUAUGUGUAAAAAAUAUUAAUACUUAAGCAAAUGUAUAUUUUAUCUAUUGUACUAUUUAGUGUUACGGUACUAUAUUAAUAUAACUUAAUUGUUUCAUGAAUGCUUACUUAAGCAAGAAAUACAUACAUUUAAAAUUUUA